AUGGCACAAAGCAUUUUCAGCCGAGUUCUCUAUGUAGGCUUGUUGGCCGUCCCAGCUGUAAUGGGACAAUACAUAGGGUACUCAUUGACAGACUCUGGUGAUCCUGACUCGGCUGUCUACGAUACCGCAUCAACUCCUUCAAAUUCUUCAACGAGUUAUCCUCCGCCCGAUGUAUUUCUCAAUGCAACUGUCCACGUCGGAGAAAUUGACCUGACGGUAACGAACAUUACCGCCAAAGUAAAUCUGCAAGCAGAAGUUUUGAGUUUGCUCUCAUUCAACGCUGGUGUCGAUGCGUCGAUCGAUAGGGUUCGCCUGUUGAUUCAAAAUGUCGAUGCCCACGUUGUCCUGGAAGCCAGGCUGUCAAACCUUCUUCUUAUGAUUACCGACGUGCUCAAUUCAAUUGAUCUGAACCCAGUCAUUGCGACUUUGGGCCAAGACGUUUCGCAGAUCAUCAAUACGACUACCGGUGCCCUCGGUGGGAGUUCGACGGUAUCCAGACGCUCUUUCGAACUAGAGCAAAACAUCCUUUACAGUAUCAACGACUAUUCGGGAAACGCGCAUACCAAUCGCAUUUUAGCACAAGAUGGAAACCUUGUUGACCAAAAGCUGGACAACGGUGGUCAAAUCAGCAGCGAGGUCCCAGUAGGAAACUAUUUGCAAGAUAUGACCUUCAACGGAUACAACAAGAGUGUUUCGCGUGGUGAGGCAACGCGAGAGCUGGAGUAUGUUUAUAGUCCAUUUCCGGGACUUAGUGUUGUGGCUGCCGUAUUUACAAGGGAUGAUGGAACUGUGACGGGCACUCAAGUUCUCAGUGAAAGUGGCGGAGGUGGAUCAAGCAGUAUUUCGAAUGAUCUAUAG